CAGUUUCGCUCCAACUGCGACUCCAAGUAGGUCUGAUCUUCGGCCGUGUUGUUGUCGGCGGGUGCGUUUAGUAGUGCACGUGUCGUGGUUUAAAACACGCGCGAUCGCAUGCAGCUGCUAGUGUGUGCGUGAGUUUGCGUGGUAAAAUUUGGCGAAACUAAAUAAUUUCGCAACGAUUUGUUUUGCUCCGAAUUCGCGAUCGCGGUUGGGACAGGUUUAUUUUUGUGGUGGAAUAGUUGUGAUUAUUUUGAUUAAAAUUUAAUUAGUUUUAGGAAAGUUGUUCUAUACUAGAUUUGUAUUUAAUGUGAUGUUUGUAAUACUCUAUUGAGAAGAAUUUAUUGUUUUCUGUUUUCUUAAAACAGAAAAGUUUUAUGAGGCUUAAUUUAAGUUACAUUUGAUGACAAUGUUUGUCACAUCUGAAUCAAGUUUUGUGUGAGUUCUAUUCGAGUGUUAAUCUGGAACGAACAUUCCAGAAGUGUUUUGUGUUAUUCAUCAAUUUUAAGAUUCUUGCCGCUGACUUGUGGAAAGUGAAAACCGGUCAUCAAAUCAGGAUCAACUCGUCGUUCAUCAUCAACGCAGUAAUCAAACAACAGAACACUGACGUGUGGUGCUAGUGAAAGUGUCGCGUAGAAUUUUUCCCCGGAAAAGUAGUGGAAUUGAAAGUGACUCAAUGAGCACCGUUUUGUGAGGGAGGAUAUUCGAAGUUAAACAGUGGAAGAAAAACACAAAGUUUGGAAUGGUGCGGUAGCCCGAUAAAGUGUCGAUAAAUCGUUCAGAGGGUUGUGUAGCAUCUUCGUUCGUUGCCAAGACGAUCAAACGAACGAGACGUCCACCAUCAGCAGGAGCAGCGGAGUACUUUCAUCCUUCCAGUGCAUGCUCGAAAUGGCUGGUCUGCCAAUUAAGCCGGCCGUCUCCAUGUUAUGGCGGCAUACGGUGACCCUUCGAUGAUCUCUCCUCCGUCUUCCAUCUCAAACGGCCCGGAGCCCCAGUUACCGCCGUUACCACCACCGUUACGCUCGACGCAAGUGUUACAGCCCCUGUCCGUGUACCCAGUGUCAGCCUUGAGUCAGGAAGCGACGUAUGAUUAUGUCUUUGGGGGGCCCCUGGACUCGCAUGCCCUGUCAUCUACGCUUAAGCUGACCUCGCCGCCCAUACGACUGCGCUCGGACGUGUACCGUUCCCAAUCGCUCGACUCGCAGCGCAGCAGUGGCGUAGACGAUGGACGUUCGUCGUCCGCCCAGCAGCAGCACUCACAGCAUCACCAUCACUCACUGCAGCACUCGCAGCAUUCGUCGUCGCAGCAUCAGUACUCGCAUCAGCCCAGCUGCCACUCCCAGUCGCAGUCCCGUGCCAGCUCCCUCAAGCGGUCCUCGUCGCGGUACAUAAACUGCAACGACGGCACCGCCUCGAUUGGCUCCCGGAAGAGCAACCGAAGCGAUGGGGAGGACGAGGACUCCUUGCGUCAAUUGCUUAUCGAACUGCAGAAGCAGGUCAGCGUGAUGAGUAUGAACCUUUCGGCGAAGCUGGACGAUCUGCAGCGGGGUGACCGGCACCUGGAGACGACGGUCGCCCUCUGCGAGAUCCGGACGCAGCUGCAGGAGCUCACCAAGUCGGUGGAGAGCUGCCAGUCCGAGGUGUCGGAGGUGAAACGUGAUAUGGUACAAAUCAAGCACGAGCUCGAUACGGUGCAACAGGUGAAGGAGGAAAUCGAAGAGCUGCGGGAGUACGUGGACCGGCUCGAGGAGCACACACACCGCCGGAAGUUGCGCCUGCUGGAGCAAGGACUGACGUUCUUCCUGACGUACGCGAUCUUCGCGGCCGUCCUCGGGAUGCUGCAGUUCGGGUACAACACGGGCGUGAUCAACGCGCCCGAGGUCAACAUCGAGAACUUCAUGAAGGACGUGUACAAGGACCGGUACGGCGAGGACAUCAGCGAGGAGUUCAUCCAGCAGCUGUACUCGGUCGCGGUGUCGAUCUUCGCGAUCGGCGGCAUGCUCGGCGGCUUCAGCGGCGGCUGGAUGGCGAACCGGUUCGGGAGGAAAGGUGGCCUGCUGAUGAACAACGUGCUCGGCAUCACGGGCGCGUGCCUGAUGGGAUUCACAAAGAUGAGUCAUUCCUAUGAAAUUCUAUUCCUCGGACGAUUUAUAAUUGGUGUCAAUUGUGGCUUAAACACAUCAUUAGUACCAAUGUAUAUAUCUGAAAUUGCUCCAUUAAAUUUAAGAGGUGGUUUAGGUACCGUUAACCAAUUGGCUGUGACCGUAGGAUUAUUAUUAUCACAAGUACUGGGUAUAGAACAAAUUUUAGGAACUAAUGAUGGCUGGCCCGUGCUGUUAGGGUUGGCCAUCUGUCCAGCUAUACUGCAAUUACUACUCUUACCUAUUUGUCCCGAAUCACCUAGAUAUUUACUAAUUACAAAGCAGUGGGAAGAGGAGGCGCGAAAGGCUCUCCGGAGGCUCCGGGCGUCCAACCAGGUCGAGGAGGACAUCGAGGAGAUGCGGGCCGAGGAGCGGGCCCAGCAGUCGGAGAGCAGCAUAUCGACCAUCGAACUGAUAUGCUCGCCGACGCUGCGGGCGCCCCUCAUGAUUGGAAUUGUGAUGCAGCUGAGCCAGCAGUUUAGUGGAAUUAAUGCCGUAUUCUACUACUCGACGUCGCUCUUCAUGAGCUCGGGCCUGACGGAGGAGAGUGCUAAAUUUGCCACAAUAGGAAUCGGUGCAAUAAUGGUUGUGAUGACACUCGUAUCAAUACCACUAAUGGAUAGAACCGGUCGACGGACGCUGCAUUUAUACGGAUUAGGCGGAAUGUUUAUAUUUUCAAUAUUCAUAACGAUAUCGUUUUUAAUAAAGGAGUUUUUUGGUUACGUGCAGGAAAUGAUCGACUGGAUGUCCUACCUGUCGGUGGUGUCAACGCUGGCGUUCGUCGUGUUCUUCGCCGUCGGGCCGGGCUCGAUCCCGUGGAUGAUCACUGCCGAGCUGUUCAGCCAGGGGCCGCGGCCGAGCGCGAUGGCCAUCGCGGUGCUCGUCAACUGGAUGGCGAACUUCGUCGUUGGAAUUGGUUUCCCAAGUUUAAAGACUGCCUUGGAAAAUUAUACAUUCCUACCGUUUAGUGUAUUUUUAGCAAUAUUUUGGAUAUUUACAUAUAAAAAGGUUCCUGAGACCAAAAACAAAACAUUCGAAGAAAUUUUAGCACUAUUUAGGCACGGGAAUGGAAGAAACCUUCGUGAAAGUAGACUGUACGGGAGUAUGCUAAACUGCGUAAAUAAUCUGGAGCCGCAAAGUAUGAACUCGGGCAUCGAACGGGCCGCGCUGAUGAUCUCCGAGGAAAAGACCCAGCACGACUCACUGUACAGAACGGGCACCCUGGACGGCGAAAUGGGUCCAUAUCCGGUUGGAACGGCCACGCUGGACGGUGAAAUGGGCCCGUACCCGGUCGGGGACGCGCUGUUCGGAACGGCCACCCUGGACGGUGAGAUGGGACCCUACCCGGUCGGGGACAAACUGUUCGGGGCCACCAUGGACGGCGAAAUGGGCCCGUAUCCGGUCGGGGACAGCACCAACCUGCUGGGCUAUGCCAUGUCGUACGGUGCGAGCGACGCCCUGACCUCGCUGGGCGGUUCCGGUCGGAACUACGGCACGACGGGACCAACGACCAUCAACACCGCGACCAGUACAACUUGCUCACCGAUGCCAAACCGGCGGACGGCCGCUUCGGGCCGGGGCCGGCGAAGAGAUUUGGGGCGGGCACCGGCGGAAGGGGCGCCCGACGGUCAGGAGCAAAGCUACCAGCACCAGCAGCAUGGCCAACAGCAGGGUGUAGCCAGUCGGGACAGCUUCCGGAGGCAUUCCGCCCACGGGAGGAUAGUGUGCUCAGCGGGUCCUUAAAAGGGUCUCGUUUUCUACUAAAAACACCACAACCCACUACUCGGCCAACACCACCAUCUCUCUCACUAGAGUCCUGCGUUUUUCCUAACCAAACCAAACCAAAAUGGGAGGAAAACAGCUGCUUCAGAGCGUUGUUCCGGAGACGCCACAAGAAAUACUCAAAUGCGAACUGCUACCUGUGCGCCUCAUCACCAUCAUCAGCAAGUACCUGUCUGCCAGAACACAGGGCCUUGACUGAAGAGCACCGCCUCGAC